AGGACACCUUUUCAAAAAGGCUUUUCUGUGGUGUUCAGAAUCAUUUCUAGAAAUUGAAACCUCAGACUUUGCAAGAUGUACCUCAGUGCUGCAUAUCACCGCAUACCUCUAAGUGAUGGAAACAGCAUUCCUAUCAUCGGACUUGGUACCUACUCAGAACCUAGAUUGACCCCUAAGGGGACCUGUGCAAGAGCAGUGAAAAUUGCCAUUGACACGGGGUACCGGCACAUUGAUGGCGCCUACCUCUACCAGAACGAGCACGAAGUGGGGGAGGCCAUCAGGGAGAAGAUAGCAGAAGGAAAGGUGCAGAGGCAGGAUAUCUUCUACUGCGGAAAGCUGUGGGCUACACAUCAUGACCCACAGAUGGUCCGCCCAACUCUGGAGAGGACGCUCAAGGACCUCCAGCUAGAUUAUGUGGAUCUUUACAUCAUUGAAAUACCUAUGGCUUUUAAGCCUGGAGAUGAAUUCUAUCCUAAAGAUGAAAAUGGCAAAUGGUUAUAUCACAAGUCAAAUCUGUGUGCCACUUGGGAGGCUUUAGAAGCUUGCAAAGACGCUGGCUUGGUGAAAUCCCUCGGUGUAUCCAAUUUUAACCGUAGGCAGCUGGAGCUCAUUCUGAACAAACCAGGACUUAAGCAUAAGCCAGUCAGCAACCAGGUUGAAUGCCAUCCAUAUUUCACCCAGCCAAAACUCUUGAAAUUUUGCCAACAACAUGACAUUGUCAUUAUUGCAUACAGCCCUUUGGGGACCUCUAGGAAUCCAUCCUGGGUGAAUGUGUCUUCCCCACCUUUGUUAAAGGAUGCACUUCUAAACUCACUGGGGAAAAAAUACAAUAAGACAGCAGCUCAAGUUGUUUUGCGUUUCAACAUCCAGCGAGGAGUGGUUGUCAUUCCUAAAAGCUUUAACCCUGAAAGGAUCAAAGAAAACUUUCAAAUCUUUGACUUUUCUCUCACUGAAGAAGAAAUGAAGGGCAUUGAAGACUUGAAUAAAAAUGUCCGCUUCGUGGAAAUGCUCAUGUGGUGUGACCAUCCUGAAUACCCAUUUCAUGAGGAAUACUGACUUCAGAGAGCUCCGCAACAGAUAUUUUCCCUCCUAUAUGUGCCAGGACUUUGGGCUGGGUGGUUCCUCCAGCUACGGAAAUCAAAGGAGUUUACUAUCCUCAGAUGAAAUGGUGAUGGAGACACACUUAACUUUUGUGUAGUGUAAGUGACUUUGACUUAGCUAUGUGGGGGGAAAAAAAUAGGUUUAAAUCUGUUGAAAUAACUUGGAAAUUAUCAGCUAAUAUUUUAUUAAAUCAAUGUCUUCUGGGUUUCAGAAAGAAAAAUAUUAGGCUUUAGAAAAGACUUCAAAGGCAACAUAUGAAGAUAAAUAACACAUGAAUUCGGAUACUGCUGCCAUGGGUAGUCUGAGUUCUUUAGCAGUUAACAGGGCAACAGCAAGGAUGGAGAGCUGGACCAUGCCAGUGUGCUGGCAGUGGUCUUGAUGGUUUGGACCAUCGACUGUAAUACAGACACAGCCAAGGUAAGAUCCACACAUGCAUUAUUAACAGGGAAGUGAUUUGCUUCACCUUGAGUAGAGAGAGAGGGCUAAGUAUAGAAAAGUCUUACUAUAGAGCUAAUUAAACACCUCAGUGGUCAACAAAGCCAUACUGAUUUGGUUGUUGUUUGUUUCCAUCCAAUGUGUGUUGGUGUAGCUUUUAUCCAGCUUGAGAGAUGGAUAAUUGCUUGUUCUCUCUUGCAUGCUUUAAAGGGCCUGAGCUUCAGUAAGCUAGUGAUCCAUGCUAACACUGCCUGCCACUCUUGCCCCCAUUCUUUAUACGACCACCAUUAUGCAAAGUGGCUUGAGACAACCUGCAUACCCUGUAUUGUAAAAUAGUCCACAGACCAUUAUUUCAAAAGAAGACAUAUAAAAAGGAAGCUUUAGGAAACAUAUGGAAAGAAGAGGUUUUAUAGAAUCAUCAGACUUAAGACUUUGAAAGUUAUUGGGAUAACUGAAUUUUGAGAAAGUAGCAAGUUCAAAAGAACGCUGAUAAUUUUACUAUAUGGAAAUUUUUUUUAAGUGAAUAAAAAGAUUAUUAGAAUUCCAUAGUAGAGGUGUACCUAUUUUCAAUCCAGCCAGAGCAAUAUAUUUUACUCAUUCAUAUUAAGUCACUCUCACAGGGCAAGAGAGCGCUUCAAAACUUCAAAACAUCAAAACAAACUUAUGUUUGUCCAAGAUCAAUUGCUUAUAAUCUUCCAUGAUCUGAAAACAUACAUUUCUGAGAAAUUAUCAUUAAAAAAAAUUGAUCUCUACUUAUUGUUUCCAAUAAUUCUAAUAUGAAUACUUACAAUGCUAUUUUCUGGAAAAUAUCUCAUUCACAAGAAAUAAUAAAAAUGAUGAUUUAUUCUA